CCGAGCCCCGCGCGGGAGGCGGGAUGCCCCGCGGCCGCCGCACUUGGGCUCGCGCGCUGCCCUGAGCCGGCCGGCCCAGCCGCGGCGGGCGCGCGGCGCCGCGGGCGCCAUGGAGCAGUGGCGGCAGUGUGGCCGCUGGCUCAUCGACUGCAAGGUCCUGCCGCCCAACCACCGCGUCGUGUGGCCCUCGGCAGUGGUCUUCGACCUGGCGCAGGCGCUGCGCGACGGGGUCCUCCUGUGCCAGCUGCUGCACAACCUUUGCCCCGGCUCCAUCGACCUAAAGGACAUCAACUUCCGGCCGCAGAUGUCCCAGUUCCUGUGCCUGAAGAACAUACGCACCUUCCUCAAAGUCUGCCACGACAAGUUCGGACUGAGAAACAGCGAGCUGUUCGACCCCUUUGACCUCUUCGACGUCCGAGACUUCGGGAAGGUCAUCUCCGCGGUGUCCCGCCUGUCCCUGCACAGCAUCGCCCAGAACAAAGGGAUCAGGCCUUUUCCCUCGGAGGAGACCACAGAGAAUGACGAUGACGUCUACCGCAGCCUGGAGGAGCUGGCCGACGAGCAUGACCUGGGGGAGGACAUCUACGACUGCGUGCCGUGCGAGGACGGAGGGGACGACAUCUACGAGGACAUCAUCAAGGUGGAGGUGCAGCAGCCCAUGAUUAGGUACAUGCAGAAGAUGGGCAUGACUGAGGAUGACAAGAGGAGCUGCUGCUUGCUGGAGAUCCAGGAGACCGAGGCCAAGUACUACCGGACGCUGGAGGACAUCGAGAAGAACUACAUGAGCCCCCUGCGGCUGGUGCUGAGCCCGGCGGACAUGGCGGCCGUCUUCAUCAACCUGGAGGACCUGAUCAGGGUGCACCACAGCUUCCUGAGGGCCAUCGGCGUGUCCGUGACGGCGGGGGGCGGUGCCCUGGCCAAGGUCUUCCUCGAGUUCAAGGAGAGGCUCCUGAUCUACGGGGAGUACUGCAGCCACAUGGAGCACGCCCAGAACACGCUGAGCCAGCUGCUGGCCAGCCGGGAGGACUUCCGGCAGAAGGUCGAGGAGUGCACGCUGAAGGUCCAGGACGGCAAGUUCAAGCUGCAAGACCUGCUCGUGGUGCCCAUGCAGAGGGUGCUCAAGUACCACCUGCUCCUGAAGGAACUACUGAGCCAUUCUACUGACCGGCCUGAGAGGCAGCAGCUCAAAGAAGCACUGGAAGCCAUGCAGGACCUGGCGAUGUACAUCAAUGAAGUCAAGCGGGACAAGGAGACCUUGAAGAAGAUCAGCGAGUUCCAGAGUUCCAUAGAGAACUUGCAAGUGAAACUGGAGGAGUUCGGGAGGCCGAAGAUCGACGGGGAGCUCAAAGUCCGGUCCAUCGUGAACCACACCAAGCAAGACAGGUACCUGUUCCUGUUCGACAAGGUGGUCAUCGUCUGCAAGCGGAGGGGCUACAGCUACGAGCUGAAGGAGAUCAUCGAGCUGCUCUUCCACAAGAUGACGGACGACCCCAUGAACAACAAGGACAUCAAGAAGUGGUCCUAUGGCUUCUACCUGAUUCACCUUCAAGGAAAGCAAGGCUUCCAGUUCUUCUGCAAGACGGAGGACAUGAAGAGGAAGUGGAUGGAGCAGUUCGAGAUGGCCAUGUCCAACAUCAAGCCAGACAAGGCCAACGCCAACCACCACAGCUUCCAGAUGUACACGUUUGACAAGACCACCAACUGCAAAGCCUGCAAAAUGUUCCUCAGGGGCACCUUCUACCAGGGUUACCUGUGCACCAAGUGCGGCGUCGGGGCGCACAAGGAGUGCCUGGAGGUGAUGCCUCCCUGCAAGAUCAGUUCUCCGGCGGACCUGGACGCCUCUGGAGCGGGACCAGGUCCCAAGAUGGUGGCCGUGCAGAAUUACCAUGGCAACCCGGCUCCUCCCGGGAAGCCUGUGCUGACCUUCCAGACGGGGGACGUGAUCGAGCUGCUGAGAGGAGACCCCGAGUCCCAGUGGUGGGAGGGCCGGCUGGUGCAGACCAGGAAGUCGGGGUACUUCCCCAGCUCAUCUGUGAAGCCCUGCCCUGUGGAUGGACGGCCGCCCGUCAGCCGGCCGCCGUCGCGGGAGAUGGACUACACCGUGUACCCCUGGUUCGCGGGCAGCAUGGAGCGGCAGCAGACGGACAACCUGCUCAAGGCCCACGCCAGCGGCACCUACCUGAUCCGGGAGCGCCCCGCCGAGGCCGAGCGCUUCGCCAUCAGCAUCAAGUUCAACGACGAGGUGAAGCACAUCAAGGUCGUGGAGAAGGACAACUGGAUCCACAUCACAGAAGCCAAGAAAUUCGACAGCCUCCUGGAGUUGGUUGAGUACUACCAGUGCCACUCGCUCAAGGAGAGCUUCAAGCAGCUGGACACCACGCUCAAGUACCCCUACAAGUCUCGGGAGCGCUCCGCCUCCAGGGCCUCCAGCCGGUCCCCAGCUUCCUGUGCUUCCUACAACUUUUCUUUUCUCAGCCCUCAGGGCCUCAGCUUUGCUUCCCCGGGCCCCUCCGCUCCCUUCUGGUCAGUGUUCACGCCCCGAGUCAUCGGGGCAGCCGUGGCCAGGUACAACUUCGCGGCGCGGGACAUGCGGGAGCUCUCGCUGCGGGAGGGCGACGUGGUGCGCAUCUACAGCCGGGUCGGCGGGGACCAGGGCUGGUGGAAGGGCGAGACCAGCGGACGGAUCGGUUGGUUUCCGUCGACGUACGUAGAAGAGGAGGGCGUCCAGUGACGGCGGAAGCACGGCAGCCACUCGGAUUUCCUCCGGAGACUCGCUCCAGCUCCAGAGCCUGCCUCUAGCUCCUCCGCGACUCGAGGGGAAACACUCUCCGACUUUCCGCGGCCCACGGGAAGGGGGAGGGCGUUCAAAAUCCCAAAUCCGAACCGUGUCACCGCUAGUCUGCCGCGGGGAGUGCUGCUUGUACAUAGAGGAAGCCCAGGUCGGCCCCCCCAGAGCGCGAGGGGGGCAGCGCCCACAGUGCCGUGUGGCCCUGAGUGACAACAGCUCGCGGCUCGCCCCUCGGGCUGAGCUGGCAUUCGGGAGCCUCCGUUCAGACAGCAGAUCUGUCCAGGGAGACCGGGGACAGCAGAGGGGACCUGCCCCAGCCCCUCUGCUCAGCCUCCGCCCCCAGCCUGCUGCUCGCAGGAGGCCUCGGGCCUGGAGAGGCAAACGGGAGCCCUGCCGUGGGAGGAGAGAGCCUCGCACGGGGCCCUGCGGUCCUGGCGCCCCGGGGCUGCCCCGACCUCCUCCCGUCCCUCCACGCCGGGGCCUGCAGAGACCCCCGGCACCCCUCUCUGGGGAGGGGCCUCAGGAAGGAGGCUGUCGCUGCACCUGCUGCCCAGUCGAUGGUACUGUUCUUCGCCCUGCAAGCCCCACCCCCACCCCCCGCCGCCCGCCGUGCCCUGCCGCCAGGCAGAUACGUCUUUGCAGACCCUGAAUCGGGCAGGGAAGGAAACAGAGUUUUCCCUUGCGAGGCCCCUGCCGCUGGCGGGCCUGCCCAGGAGGCGGCCCAGUCGGGGCCUCCUCCCCCUGCCAGGGGGUCCCCGAGGGCCUGCAUAGCCUUCGCAUGAGAUGUCGGUUUUAGCGUGGCGGGACCUGCUUCCAGGGGCUUCUGCA